GUUAGAGAACAGCCGCAUUCCUUUUGGGUUCGAGUCACUGGGUUCGAGUCCGUUCUACGUCUUUAAUUAAAUCGCCGGGGUUCAUUUGUCCACAUGCCAAAACACUUUAAGCCCCCAGGAGAAGAUGAACGUUUGGGUGCUAUUGGGAUCAGGAAGAAAAAGUAUCUCUCUAGUACCAGUGCCGCUUCAUCAGAAAAAGUAACAAGAUCAAAGGCCAGAGCAGCUACAAUAAGCAGUGAUGACUAUAUUCUGGAACACAGUAGACUUUACAUGCACCGGAGAAGUCCAGCCGAACCAUCGGCAGACUUGCUGAAAGCUCUGACUCCAGACCCUGACCUAUUUCUCCCUAUGCCAAAGCCGCACGACAUGGACUGGUUAGCUCACCACCCUGAGAAGGGUCAGACCUUCGAACAGUUUGUGGCACAGCCCCACAAUAAACCCGAUGCUAAGCGCAAUAUCAUUCACCUGCUGCCGUUGAGGUUCUUUGAGAAGUCGGUGCCAGAUGAUGCAUUAGAGGCGUUGAAGGAGUAUGCCUCGUAUUUUUUCUUGGGGAUGAAAGUGAAGAUUUUGAAGGGGAAAUAUUUUGCCAAGAAAGUUGUUCAUCGUAAAAAUCCUGAUACAGGACACACACAGGUAAAUGCUGAGCACAUCCUGCUCAACAUGCUAGGUCUAGUACAAGAGAACUCCUACUGUGUGGCUGGUAUUACACUGUGUGAUCUGUACCCCAGGGAAGAGUGGAACUUUGUCUUUGGUCUGGCCAGUCUGUCAUCUCGCUGUGGGGUCUACUCCUUGGCAAGGUACCUGCCUGGGUUUGGUGAGGAGGAGGAGGAGGAGGAGACAGAGGAGGAAAGUGUGGCAUCAACGAAUUUGAUACGAAGGGCAUGUCUUCUCAUGUGUCACGAGAUAGGACACAUGUUUGGAUUGCGACAUUGUAUCUAUUUUAAAUGUAUCAUGAAUGGCUCCAAUCAUCUGAUGGAAUUUGACAGGAAGUUGCUUUUUUUGUGUCCUGUAUGUUUACGGAAACUUCACCAUUCUUUGGCGUUUGAUAUUGUGGAACGUUACAAGAAUAUGUUGGUGUUUUGUGAAAAGUAUGGAAUUACUGAUGAAGCUGAGUGGCUGAGGCACAGGAUUUCCAAACUACAAUAGUCACGAUAAGCAGGACAUUUUUAGAAAAUUAUUUGAAAACUUUAUUGAAUUAGAAAUUCAAUAAAUCACACAUUCCUGUAUCGUUACUUUGCAGUGUGAUAAAACAAGAUCUUUUCAAGGGGGGAAAAUAUCAAUUUUUCAGAUGCAUAAUUUUGGAAUCAUUGUGGUACAGGUAUUUUCUCUGUAUAGAAGAGAACUAUCAGGUAUCCUGCUUUUCAGUUGUGUUGUAAUCACUCAACAGGAAUGUUCUAAUUUUCUGAAUUUUCAGAAUUUACGAUUUAAAAAAAUACAGUAUCUGUAAAAUUCAGAAUUUUCCCCAUUGAAUAGAUCGAGUAAUUACUGAUAUUUUCUGAUUUCAUUCAGCUAAGUGCCCUGAAAAGAUAAAGUGUUCUUAAUAUAUAAAUAAUUUUAAUUUACUCUAUAUACAUUCAGAUGCUGUGACCUUAAUUUCUUUGCCAUACACUAAUAUUUUAUGUGUGCAGCAACAUUUAUUUAUGCUCUGAUAAUAUAGAAUGUCAAGAUAGAAUGCGUCACUUAACUCCCAACAAUCUCAUACAUUGACACAAUGAAAAUACACAGUCAAAAAUGUGUGCAUCACAAGAUAAUUUUAUAUAUGUAUAAGUGAAUCAAAAGUUUAAUAUAUAAAUUAAUAUAAAUUAAAAUGAUCAGAUUUAAUUAAGACCUGUAUAUAUUACAUACAUUUAUAAUUACAUUGGAUUUCUUUAAAUGUAUUUAUUGUAAACUGGACAAUAGAUCUAGAAUACCUUACAGAUUGGCAAUACCAGUCCAAGAAAAAGUUGGUGAAAAGUAGAAAAACAUCGCUCAGCUGAUAAAAUUAUCUGA